GUGUCUUUUGGCUCUCUCCCUUCACUAUCAUUCAUGAAUAAGUCCUCCUUCUAGGGUGCAUCCUCUCUCUCUCUUCCUCUCUCUCUCUCUCUCCUUGAAGGGUGACACUUAGGCCAAGGCCAAAGUUGUGUGUUGCUCUUCCUUGGAAACUCUUGUGAACAUGGGCUGCCAAGAGGAGUUGUUGGUAGAAAAGGUUUGUGAUAUCUAUGACAAGAUUUUGAAGUUAGAAAAUCUCAAACCAUCCAUGCAUGUCAACACUCUCUUCACCCAACUUGUACUCACAUGCAUGCCCUCUUGUCCCAUUGAUAUUUCCAAGUUAACCAAAAGGGUACAAGAAAUCAGGUCCAAGUUGAUCACACUUUGUGGGGAAGCUGAGGGACUCCUGGAAAGCCAUUACUCUGUCCUCAUAGGAUCUUAUGACAACCCUAUUAACCAUCUCAGCCUCUUCCCUUACUAUUCCAACUACCUUAAACUUAGCCACUUAGAGUUCACCAUGCUUACCAAACACUGCACACAAGUUCCUAACCAAGUCGCAUUCAUUGGUUCUGGUCCCCUCCCUCUAACCUCAAUUGUCUUGGCUUCUAACCAUCUGAAAACGACCACCUUUCACAAUUAUGAUCUUGAUCCAUUGGCAAAUUCCAAAGGUCUCCACUUGGUUUCAUCACAUCCGGACUUAUCAAACCGGAUGUUUUUCCAUACAGCAGAUAUCAUGGAGGUAACGAAUAGCUUGAAGAACUAUGAAGUCGUUUUCUUGGCAGCUCUAGUGGGCAUGAGCAAGGAGCAGAAGGCUCGAGUCAUUGAUCACUUGGCUAAGCACAUGUCUCCUGGAGCUUUUCUAGUACUGAGGAGUGCUCACGGAGCUCGAGCAUUCCUCUACCCUGUCAUUGAUCCUUUCGAUCUUCAAUACUUUGAAGUUCUUUCUGUCUUUCAUCCAACUGAUGAGGUCAUAAAUUCAGUUGUCAUUGCACGUAAACAUCCAACGCCUAUCCAUUCAUCCAAUUCAGGGCCUGCCUCCAUCAUAUUACCUAGAAAAUGUUCUGAGAUCCAGGGCUUCAGCCUUUUUAAUCAUACAAAUGAAAUUGAAGAUUUAGCCAUUGAUGAGAAACUCUCUUGAAUUCCCUCCUUCCCUUCUCCUCUCUGUUCCUUCAUAUCCAUGAAUUCUCUUUUUCAUGAUGUCCCAAUGAAAAUUUCAAACUGGAAGAAAAUAUUUACACCUUUAAAAGUCCUUAGGUGAAGUUCUUCCAUUAUGCUUCUAGCUAGGGAAAAAUAUUUUGCAACUUGAGUUCCAAGAAAAUAAAGGGUUUUAUCCCAUUCUUCUCCAUUCUGCCUGACGCAAUCUACGGUUAGUAAAAGCAUCUUCAUGUAUUCAAGGGUCAUCGAACAUCACCCUCUAGCCAUUUGACAGGAGAAGUGAUUCUGUUUCUUGCUUUUUAUCCUUAAAUUAGUCUUGUCCACUGUUUAAUGGUUGUCAUCCUUAAAUUAGUCUUGUCCACUGUUUAAUGGUUGUCAUACAAGUGAAACAGGUUUAGCAGCACACAAGUAUGAGAUCAGAAAUAAUAUAUAAUAUAUAGUUCCAAAU